AUGGUCAUGUUUUACCCACCUUGCUUUUUGGCGGCGGCCUCCUUGCUCGUAACAUUCAUUGUCUCCAUUCUCAAUUUCAUCUGCUAUGCAACCUCAAAAGCCUCGCCUGAUGUGGCCUCGACUAUCUUAAGUACAGUAGGCUGCGUGGCUUUGAUUGCCCUCGGUCUGCUGCACCACCAAGACAUCCAAGUCGGCUGCCAACAGUGGAUCUGUUUCACUGGCGGAUAUCUACUUGUUGCUGCUGCUGUAUCUGCCGGAGCAAUGACAAUGAGUCCUCAGACCUCGGUCUUUGUGGUUCGCUCUGUAUUCUGGGCACUCUCAGUGUUUGCACAAGGCUUUUUCUGUGGAUUCCUCGCGAUGACGCUAGCCCAGGAGAAAUCCAAUCCCAAAUGGCCGCGUCCCUACUUUCAAGAGGUUUACUCCCAAGAGCCCAAGGGUAUCCACCAAAGCCCUGGUUUCCUCCCAUCACCUCUCGACGCCAAGGAAGAAAAGCACGCUUCCAUCGACACAAGCUCCUCAGCCCACUUCUCACCAAGCCCAUCCCCAACACAGGACAGAAGGCUAGACACUCUCCCAGAUCAGGACACUCGCCCCCUCCUCCUCGGUACUCACAACGUCCGCGGCAUGCCCAGCCUACGCCGCAACCCACCAACCGCACUCUCUUUAGCAAGUCUAGUCCACCCACCAAUGCCAUCGCCAACGGCGUCAACAAUCCGUGUCGACUCUCUAACACAGUCCACCUCCAACAGCUCCACAUGGGCAUACACCCCGUUCGGCGAGGACAACAUCCAUCCUCUCUUCCGAUCCACAAGCCCCUGUCCAUCCCCAACAUUUGCGCCGGGCACAAUGGUCAAAGCCUUGCCGAGUGCGGGGCAAACCAUCACGGCUGGGACGAUCACACGCAUGCAAUCUGCCCACUCCCUCCGCGACCAGGUCAUGUGUAUACCCUCCCCAUUCCCUGGGUUGGAGUCGGAGGAAAUUCUCUGCUCGAGACCGAAUCCGACUCGAGGUGGUUUUGCUGAGAAGAGACAUGACUGGAACGAAUCCCCUUGUGAAAAGUGA